UUACCCAACUGCUUCCACCCACGUAAUUUCUUCCGUCCGUCCAAAUAACCCCUCUUUCGGAGCCCCUCUUUCCAAACAUCAACAACAAGCACAUUUGAGCUUCAACAGACGUUUGACGUUUCAUACGUCAACAGUCGUAAAGUCCUGUGAACUGAAGCUCAUACUAUCUUUAACACUUAUAUGCUAUGGCGAUGCCUCAUCUCGGCCUCGAAAUCCCUGCUUUCGGUGCUUCAGCCGCCCUCAGCGCCGUCGCUCUCGGAGCUACUCGGAUCGAGUUGAACGCCCUGGGGUCAUACGGAGAGGGUGGCUUGACGCCCUCCCCUGAGGAUCUGAAACAAUUCACGUCUACAGCUGAUCAGAGCCCACCGCUUCGGAUCAUGAUUCGGCCACGGGGCCCUCCUAGUUCGUCUAUAACAUUCGAAGCUAAUGGGGUGAGUCGAAGGGAUUUCCUAUACACUGACGAGGAAUUCGAAGAAAUGGAAGCAAGUAUCAAAAAAUUCACCAACAUGGGAUUACUGAGUGCGGAUCGAGGUGAUGGUUUUGUGUUUGGAAUCUUGAAGGAAUAUGAGAAUGGUGAAGGUGAAGAAUGCGCAAGAAGGCUGUGGUGUCAGAUCGAUACAGAAAGAUGCGCCCGUCUUGUGCAGGCUGCGCAACCGCUGAAGUGUGUUUUUCACCGCGCUUUCGAUGAGAUUAUCAGCUGUGAUAAUGCUACUUCUGACAGCUUUGUUCACCGGGUAUGGGAGACGGGUCUUGAAGCUGUAGCGGAUUGUGGGUUCGAUGGCAUCCUAACAUCUGGUGGAUUAGGAAGGGCGGUUGACAAUAUGAAGACGCUAGAACAAGUUAUAAAGAAAGCAAGGACGCUGCGGAUUGAAAUCAUAAUUGGCGGUGGGGUGAGGACAGCUAAUAUUGGGCGAAUCACACAACAACUUGAGUUGAAAACACAAGCCGACUCUGUCUAUCUUCACUCGGCCUGCCUCCAUGGAAAUGACAGCGAGCACAUCAACCCUCAAGAAGUGCAAGGCAUACUAGCUCAGCUAAGAUAACCUUGAGGCUAGAGCAUGAGAAUAUCAAGUCAAAGGCUGCAGAAGGAAGUUUCCAGCCACAAGAGAUCUAUCGCUCCGCCUUCUCAUCAGAAAUGAUACUUCAGCAAGAUUCUUUCCUGCUUACAAAGUCCAAUAUUUCCUCAAGGGGAGUCCUUCGA